CAAAGACACUAUUUUUACACUAGUCAAAGAUCAUCGUCUCUUAAACUCCGUUCAAUCAUUACAAUUUACAGUUCUUUGACUCUUCUUGUAUCCCACCAUUUCAAAGAACGAUCAAAUCUUCUUCUUUUAAGUUUUCACCAUUAAACCUGCAAACCCACUUACAAGGAAGAAUUCCCAUCUCUCCAAGAAACCAGAAGAUUCCUUUGUUCCCACAAAUAGACCGACACACCCAGAAACAGCCAUGAAAAACAGCUAAAGAAACAGAUAGAGAAGCCUCCACCACCGCCGCCGGGAAUUCGUGCCCUAGAAACCCAUUUGAGAUUUUGAUUGUAUGACGUCACAGAUGAAGCCAAUGUCGCAUAAUGAUAGUGCCCCAUCCACACCAGGCAAGUUCAAGAUCGACAAAUCUCCUUUUGUUCACAACAGGCUUCGAUUGCAUUCUUCUCUGGUCAAGCUCACAUUUUGGUCCUUCAUUUUCCUGACCCUGAUUUUUCUCUUCUUCUAUCGUUCAUCAUCCUCUAAUCCACUUCCGGCGGACCCAUCUCGCCGCUCUUUGCGGACCUACAAUUGGGGCGGAGCCGCGUGGGAGAAGCGUGUCCGGACCUCCGCCCGGAUCCGGUCGCGAAAUGGGAUCUCUGUUCUGGUUACAGGAGCUGCUGGAUUCGUGGGCACCCAUGUCUCCGCGGCGCUUAAAAGACGCGGCGAUGGUGUUUUGGGGCUCGACAAUUUCAAUGAUUACUACGAUCCUUCCUUGAAACGCGAUCGUCAGGCUCUUCUUGAAAGGUCCGGAGUCUUCAUUGUUGAAGGUGAUAUCAAUGAUGCAGCUUUGUUGAGGAAGCUUUUCGAGGUUGUCGCAUUUACGCACGUGAUGCAUUUAGCUGCUCAGGCUGGUGUCAGAUAUGCCAUGGAGAAUCCUAGCUCCUAUGUGCAUAGCAACAUUGCCGGGCUUGUUAAUCUCCUGGAGGUAUGCAAAUCUGCGAAUCCACAACCGGCGAUAGUGUGGGCAUCUUCCAGCUCUGUUUAUGGACUCAAUACAAAGGUGCCUUUUUCAGAGAAAGACAGAACUGAUCAGCCAGCGAGUCUCUAUGCAGCUACUAAGAAAGCUGGGGAGGAGAUUGCACACACUUACAAUCAUAUCUAUGGGCUUUCCCUAACUGGGUUGCGAUUUUUCACCGUUUAUGGCCCCUGGGGACGGCCAGAUAUGGCGUAUUUCUUCUUUACUAAGGAUAUUUUGAAGGGGAAAACAAUACCCAUUUUUGAGUCGGCUAAUCAUGGCACGGUUGCCAGGGAUUUCACCUACAUUGAUGAUAUUGUGAAGGGUUGUUUGGCAGCAUUGGAUACUGCAGAGAAGAGUACAGGCAGCGGAGGGAAGAAAAAGGGUCCAGCGCAAUUGAGAGUUUUCAAUUUAGGGAAUACAUCACCAGUGCCUGUAUCAGAUCUGGUUAGCAUUUUGGAGAGGCUUUUGAAGGUGAAAGUAAAGAGGAACUUUAUGAAAUUGCCAAGGAAUGGGGAUGUGCCGUUCACACAUGCUAAUAUUAGUUCAGCACAGAGGGAGCUUGGGUAUAAGCCCACCACGGAUCUUCAGUCAGGGUUGAAGAAGUUUGUGAGGUGGUACGUGAGUUACUAUAAGGAUGGGAAGAAGGCUGCGGAACGAUGAUUGGAUUCUUUUGGUGGUAUUGGAUCGCAUGGUAGGAUGAUCCGUUUAAAUUCUUGUUCAUUAUGAUUCUUAUAAUUGAUUGGUUCGUUUAACAUUUCUCUGUUCCCUCAUUGCCUGAGUAUUGCCUUGGCAUGUCUUUGAUGACACACAUAAGAAGGAAAACUUCUUUAUUAUGUUGUGUUGGUUGGUUGGUGGAGAUUGUUUGCUGGUCACUCACAAGCUGUAUCAAGAGAAAACCACAGCAAUCUUUUUUGCCUAUAUUUUUCCACUUCGCCCCUCUUUUGAGGAAUGUAAUUGUAGUAGUUACGGAAUUGUAGAAAUAAUGGCUGAUAGAACAUAUGCUGAUUGGUGUACCUGGAUCCUUUGCACUCCAAUUUCAAUAAGAUAGAACACGAAAAAUGUCAGUUUUGUGUUUACUUACUAGAUUGAGUUACCUUUGACUUCUCUGUGUUAUCUAAUUGUUAUUAGUAAUGUCUAUGAUAUGGUUUGCUGCUUUGAUUUGUAA